GGGGGGAGGAAAAACACUAAAGGGGUAGCUAUGGAGAUAGAGCGUUUUCCUGGCUGCCUUCUUUGACAGGUGUUGAGAGGGGCAAAAGUCUUAAAACAGAAUCCAGCAUGUACGCCAAAGGUAAAGGAGCAGUCGUCCCUUCCGAUAGCCAAGCAAGAGAAAAGCUAGCUUUAUAUGUGUACGAGUACCUACUGCACGUCGGAGCCCAGAAAUCAGCACAGACCUUCCUGUCCGAGAUACGAUGGGAGAAGAAUAUCACACUUGGAGAACCCCCUGGAUUCCUCCACUCCUGGUGGUGUGUGUUCUGGGAUUUGUACUGCGCCGCCCCAGAUCGCAGGGAGACGUGUGAACAUUCCAGCGAGGCCAAGGCUUUCCACGACUACAGUGCAGCGGCAGCACCCAGUCCAGUGAUGGGCAACAUGCCACCCAACGAUGGCAUGCCAGGCGGACCCAUGCCACCCGGCUUCUUUCAGGGUCCUCCCGGAUCACAGCAGUCUCCUCACGCCCAGCCACCUCCACACAACCCCAACAACCCCAUGAUGGGACCCCACGGACAGCCAUUCAUGUCGCCACGGUACCCAGGUGGACCUCGCCCCUCCCUCCGUAUGCCAAACCAGCCUCCAGUUGGCGUUCCAGGAUCACAGCCACUGCUGCCCAACAGCCUGGACCCUGGAGCCAGACCGCAAGGCCAUCCGAAUAUGGGCGGACCAAUGAGGAUGAACCCGCCCAGAGGCAUGGGAGGCAUGGGGCCACAGAAUUAUGGUGGUGGGAUGAGGCCUCCUCCAAACUCACUCGGUGGACCGGGCAUGCCAGGGAUGCAGAUGGGCCCCGGUGGAAGAGGGCCAUGGCCUAACCCCAAUGCAAACUCAAUAGCGUACUCGUCCUCGUCUCCAGGAAACUAUGUGGGCCCGCCAGGUGGCAGCGGCCCUCCAGGAACGCCCAUCAUGCCUAGCCCAGGAGACUCCACAAACUCAAGCGAAAACAUCUACACAAUGAUGAACCCCAUCGGCCCUGGCGGAAACAGACCUAAUUUCCCCAUGGGUCCAGGUCCUGACGGCCCGAUGGGUGGAAUGGGAGCAAUGGAACCACAUCAUAUGAACGGAUCACUAGGCUCUGGCGACAUGGAUGGGUUGCCAAAGAACUCUCCUAACAACAUGGCGGGCAUGAACAACCCCCCGGGCACCCCGCGGGAUGACGGCGAGAUGGGGGGAAAUUUCUUAAACCCAUUCCAAAGUGAAAGUCCGAUGCCCCACGGCCUGAUGGGAUAGCUGUACGGUGCCCAGCUCAGCUCAGCUCAGCUCAGCUCCGCAGGGGUGUCGCAGGUUGAGAGAGGAGAGGAGAGGAGAGCCCCAGGAAGAGCCACCUGAACUGCCGUGUCCACCACCAACCACGCAUUACUUCCUGACAGCAGCUUCCUGUCCAGCCUCACGCACUGAGGGCUCAUAGGACAUGCCAGUCCUCCAGGAACCCCUCUCAGCAAAACCAGCCAAUCAAAAGCUAAGGCUGGUGGCCCGAUUUUAUUUUUCAUUUCGUUUUUUUUUUUUUUAUGUUCUUCUUUUAAAACUGAAAGUAUGUCAUCACCUGGUAAUUGAGCGAACGAGUCAGAAUCCUGUGGUUUUGACAGCUGCAUCAAUUGCUGCGUGGAUUUAUAAAAAGAAAAAUGGGACUGUUGAUAUAUUAGGAUGACACUUCAUUAUUGUGGUUCUGUAUUUUAUUGAUGAUAUUAAUGAUUAUAAUUCUCACAACUGACAUUGUUAAGAUGAUGUAGGCAUAAUGUUAUGGGUUUACCUGCAAAGGGCACAUUCUAUUUCAACCGCAUUGACGACAUAAUAAGCACACACUCAGAAAUGCACAAUGACACUUCUGUUUACAUGAUUUUAGGUUUUUUGUUGUCUUCAAUGUCAUUGAUUUUUGUUUGUUUGUUUGUUUGUUUUGUUGAAAUGUCUCCCUGCACAUACCUCUUCCUGUGUCCUUGUGUGUCUUUCUGAGGAUCCCGUUUGCUUUAGCACCACUCCACACUCCCCACAGUUUCAGUCAAGAUGGCUGCCCGAUCUCUGGCUUUGCACCUGUUCAGGGGCCCCUGACUCCUCUGUCCCUUCAUUUCAGCACUGGAAACCCCCCGUCCCUCAUACAGACUCAACAUACACACAAACACACGCAUACAUGCGUCUCUCCCGCAUGCUCAGCUAUUUACAAUCUGUACUCAGUCAUUUUUCCUCAUUGAACUGCUGUCCCUUUUGUGUCAGUUUCAUUCAGACCUACACUCUAAUGACAAGCCUGCAUCUACCACACAUACAUUAGGCAUUCAUUUUUUUCUGUUCUGGACUCCUGAUAAAGUGAGCUAUUGUUCUGUUUCAUUUUUUGCCGUUUAUUUGUUACUAUUGAUUUAUUUUCAAAGCACAAAUCAGAGGAGCGACAUUUCGACAAGGUGGUAGGCCUAGGCCUGCUCUCCAAGCAUGGACUUUGAUGGUUGAAAAGUUGAAUGAAAACAAACAUCACAUGAUUACAUAGUCCUAAUAGGUGUGGUUUGGUUACAAGGUCAUCGUUCGGCAUUAGUGGCUAGUGACUAGUGACUUCUGGGUUGCCCUCUAAUGAAGCUAAAGGAGUGGGUAUGUGUCUCUACUAUUAGUGAGGAAAGUAACACAAUGCCUCUUGGUGGCAGUGUCCAUACUCGCCAGCUAUUAUCCUACACACACACACACACACACACACACACACACACACACACACACACACACACACACACACACACACACACACACACACACACACACACACACACCAUCUCUCCCACUCCGCUUUCCCGUCUCGCCGCCUCUGAUACACUUCAAUCUAUUCUGUUGGUUUUUAUUUGAAUUGAGGGAGGCCUGUGUUGUGAGACUGCUGUUGGGCCACAGUGCAGUGACGUAAGCAUACACAUAGCAAGCAGAGGCCCCAAGGACGCUCUCUCUCUCCAGGGUAUAGUCCUGGCCACAUGCCCCCCUGGCCCCCUGGCAAUGGUGGUGAAGACCACCCUACCCUACUCAACCCAAUCCCACCCACCCUCACCCUGCCC